AUGACGUCAGUGGCGUGUGAGUCGACUCGACACAUGGCCUCCGCCGCACCCUCGUCGCGCCUCCUUGACUCGACGCUCAUGCGCCGCUCCCUCCUCCGCUCUCGAUUUCUCUCACACCAUCCGCGUCGCCCCCCACUCGCGCACGUCGCGCUUCCCGUGUCCGCAUGUCAGGUUGCACCCGCACGAGGCAGCGGCGGCGGCGCAUCGAGCGACCCGCUGGCGGGCGUGGAGGCGCGCAUCGGCGCGCUGCUCGCGUCGGGCGGGCGCAAGGCUGGCGGCGGUGGCGGAAGCUACAGUAUUCCGCGCAUAGAGGUGCUGCUGGAGGUGCCAGGGGGGAAGAAGCGCGCGGGGAAGGACGUGGUGAGGCGCGGGGGAAGUGUCGCGGAGGCAGGCGGGCGGGAAGCGGGGAAGCGGAGCAGGCAGCGGAGCAGAGCGGGGGGAGUGGAGCGGCUGGUGUGGCAGCUGAAGGCGCGGCCUGAGCUGUGCAGCUUCACCCGUCUGGCCCCCCUGGCGGCAGCAUGGAGCGACUAUGCUGCUGCCCUGUGCCGCUCUGCUGCUGCACACCAGCCAACGCCCGCCAGGCCUGCUGCCUCCGCCUCUGAGCGAAUGUGCGCAUGGGUGGCAGCGAUGGACCUCCAUGGCGCCAUGCUCACAGUGACGCGUGCAGCCUCCUCAGGCCAUGUGGGGGUGGGCGGCAUGGUGCUGGCAGAGUCCACGUCAGCAUUCCACCUCCUCACGAAGGAUGAUCGCCUCAAAGUCAUCCCAAAGCAGGGCUCUGAGUUUCGUCUGCACCUCCCACCUCAGCUGCUGCAGUCAGCGCCGCCAAAGCAAGCGGCGGGGGCAUCCCGGCCACAAGCACCACAGCGCGUGGUGACACUGCAGGGGGACCUCAUGCGCACACGCCCUCGCAUGCGCUAUGGGGACGCUUUUUGA